AUGAACAGCACACAGCUCUGGCGUUCACAUAUCGGCCUUGUGGCUGCUCGGCCCUCGUUACAUACUGCAGCUCCUACACCACGUCAGUUCUCAGCGGUUUGUCAACGGCGACAGAAUGCGCGGUCGACAGAUACAAAGACGGAGGAAGAUGGAGAGGUUGAUAAAAAACAUGAAGAAGAGGAGAAGGGAGCCAUGGCUCGCCGUCUGUCACAGAUGACCGAGGAUGCGGUGCUGGAAGGUGGACGGUCGGCGCAACGCAGCAUGGAAGCUGCGGGAUUCUCUGAAGAUCUGAAAAAGCAACUCGAGGAGCGAGUCAAAGCAGCUGCAUUCAAAAGCGAAUAUGCUGCUGAGCACUCUAUCCUCAACAUGCCGGCUAGCGCAGGCCAAGGAACACGAGAGACCGCCGCAGCUUCUGCAUGGACAGGGUCAGAGACCGCAGCCGACUCGGUGCUGCGCAUGCUCGACGACGCCAGCAAACCCAUGCGCACCGCAUUCAAGAUCCCGCAACCCGUGAACCUCAAGCCCGCCCCGAAACCCAUUCGCUCUCCAGGCGAGCGCCUCGCCGCAGCUAAAGAACUGACCUCAAAUUACACAUUAAGGCAAGCUCCUGGCUUCUCCGAAGAAGAGCGUGAGGCCAUGCGCCGCGAAAUGAGAGAGAAGUUAUCCCCAGGAGCGCAAUCAAUGCCGAUAUCUAUACAGGGUCUUACAUCGCUCGCGAACGAAAGAAUCGAAGACGCCAUUGCCCGCGGUCAAUUCCGACAGAUUAAGCGUGGGAAAGGCAUCAAUACAGAAACAGACUAUAAUGCGAAUAGCGCAUAUAUCGAUACGACGGAGUACUUCAUGAAUAAGAUUAUUCAGAAGCAGGAGAUUGUGCCGCCAUGGAUUGAGAAGCAGCAGGAACUUGCUUCGGAGAUUAGCCGAUUCAGGCAGCGGAUUCGAGCGGAGUGGAGGAGGCAUGCGGCGAUGUUGAUUGCUAGUCAGGGUGGAUCUCUGGAUGAGCAGAUGAGGCGGGCAAGAGGACAUGCUGCUGCUGAGGCGCGUUUGGUUGAGAGAAGGAAGGCGGAGGCCGCGUUCAAAGGGCGUGAUGAGCAAGUCAGCGAGAUUAAUACCGAUGGUCGGAUUGUCGCUCGCGUGGAGACACCGGAAGCUAUCGAGUCUCAUGGAGAGGAGAAAGAUGCCCCUGGCGAUAUUCCGCAUCUUCCUCCCUUGCGAGACGAGGCCUAUCUGGGGAUUGAACGCUCGUACCAUGAGCUGGCCGUGAAGCAUAUCAAUAAGAUUGCCCGGUCUUAUAACCUCCAAGCACCCCGCUCAGCCCAAAAGCCAUAUAUCAACCUGGAUCGCGAGUUGAAUAAUUGCUUUGCUGAGGUUGCGCCACAGCUUGCAGAAGAAAUCCGCCGUCGGGCGACUGAGCGCGCCCGCCCGUCUGCAUCCCUCAGUGGCCCAUCAUCCGGUAUGUUUGGGUCAAUUGGGACAGCAAACAAUGUGCGCGUCUACGAAGAGGACAAGACAAAGUCUUAUGGUCUCAAGGAGAUGUGGCGAGACAUGUUCUCCAAAGACGGACAGAAGUAG